AUGAUCAUGAACGCUCGCCUGGAUCGUCAUUUGCAAGUCAAGAUGCGUCUCAUUCAAGUUGCAUCCUCAGUCGCGCUUCUCCUCGCCCUCACCGCAGUAGCAAGACCUCAACCGGUGUUGCCUCCCAUCUUCGACGCUAGUUCGUCAUCGGCGCAGAGAUCUAGCAUGGUGGACCACUCUAGGCCGCAAGCCCAAGGCCCCGCCAGCUUGCAGGCUCCUUCAGCUCCAGUUCUGCGGGCAUCUCCCAGCAUUGAUCUCCAGGCGCCUUAUCAAGACGCACCACUUCACGGCGACAUGGUCACCCCACAUCCGUUCCUCACCGAGCUUCCAGUAGUGCGAACCGACGUCGUCAACACGAUCCUCUCCGACGACUUUGACAUUCGUUCUCACUUUCCUCUCCGCCAGCUCUUGACCCCAAUCGAAAGAAAGGCGCUACAUGAUCUGUCUGAAAACCACUUAGCAACACCUGAGAUUACGUGGCUACACGACGUGGUCGACGAGCCUCAGUAUAAUCUUAGAUAUAGGAAGGAGCUAUAUGUUGCGGCUCCAAUUCCCCAGUAUGAUUGGCGGAAGGCAGUGGGCUUGCAGGAACGAGUCGGCACAGAGCACUGGCUGCCGAUCAUAUUCUACAAGGUCGAAGUCGAGCCCGGCAAGCGCACUCAAUUCAAUUUGGCGGGCAUCGAGGUGGUGAGAGAGGUGAAUGAGGCAAUGAGGGUCUUGGUCGACAUGGAUAGACGGGAGACGCUAAACAACAUUGCGAAGCGGCUUGACAUGAUCAUUCGGCACGACUAG